AUGAAGGUUUUUUCUUUACACAUAAUUUAUAUAUUUAGUCAAAACAAAUUCAUUCAUUUUAUAUGCUAAUUUUUUAAUAAUAAUCAUUUAUUGAAAUUAAAAUAUUUAUAUUUUAUUGAUCAGAUUGGCUAUAUUAACAGAGGUACCUUUAUAUAUAUAUUUAAUAGGGGAACUAUGCAAUCAAAUAGGCCAAAAAUAAUAGGCACUCGAGGAUUAUUCGAGUGCUAUUUAAAUUGAUCCUGAAAAUGCUGAAUUUUAUUAUAUCAGAGGUAAUAAAUUUAUUAUUUUGAAUAGGAGUUUUAAAUCAUGAUAUGGGGAAUUAUGAAUCGGCACUAUUAGAUUAUGAUAAAGCCAUAGAAUUGGAACCCUUGGAUCCCAAGUUUUAUUUUCAUAGAGGUAAAUGAUAUUAUAAUAAAAAGGAAUUCAAAAUAAUGAUAUGGGGAAUUAAGAAUAGGCACUCUUAGAUUAUAACUAGGUCCUUCUAUUGGAUCCUACUCAUGCAAAUACCUACUGUAACAGAGGUUAUUUAAGAACUCUAUAAAUAGGAAUUGUUCAUAAAAUGUUGGAAAUAAAGAAUAGGCAGUCUUUGAUUUUAAUAAAGCUAUACAGUACAAUCCUUCAAGUUCGAAGUUUUAUUAUAAUAGAGGUUAAAAAUAAGUUAUAAUGAAUAGGAGUUACUUAUUAUGAAAUGAAAAAUUAUGUUGAUGCACUUUUAGAUUAUGACAAGGCCAUUGAAUUAGAUGCAACAGAUCCUAAAAUUUAUUAUAACAGGGGUAUUCAAAUUGAUUAUAGAGGAAAGGAAUUCUCUAUUAAGAUAUAAGGAAUCUGUAGCAGGCACUCCUAAAUUAUAACCAGGCAAUUCAUUUGGAUCAAAGGAAUCCAAAAUUUUAUUAUAAUAGAGGUAAUUGUGAUAUUUUAGGAUAUAGGAAAUUUAUAUAGCGAUAUGGGAAAUAAGGAAUAAGCACUCUUAGAUUAUGACAAAGUAAUUCAAUUAAAUCCAAAUGAUGAGAUAACAGAGGUGAUCAACAAAUUAUUAUGAAUAGGAAUUCUGCAUAAAGAGAUGGGAAGUCAAGAAAAGGCACUUUUCGAUUAUAAUCAAGCACUACUUUUAAAUCCCAUGGAUGCUAAAACUUAUAUUAACAGAGGUAUCUUUAUUUUAAGAAAUAGGAAUUCUAAAUAAUUUCUUGGGAAACAACUAACAGGCACUGUUUGAUUAUAACAAAUCUAUUGAAUUGGACCCUUUAAAUAAUUUGGCUUAUAUUAACAGAGGUAAAAAUGCUUAUAAACAAGUAGGUAUAUUGUAUGAUGAAUUGGGGAAUAAAGAAUUUGCACUUAUAGAUUACAACAAUGCAAUUUAUUUGGAUUCAAAAAAUGCUAAAUUUUAUUAUAGAAGAGGUUAUCAAAAUUUGAUAUUUUGAUUAGGAGUACUCUAAGAUAGUUUGGGGAAUAAAGAAUAAGCACUUUUAGAUUUGACAAUGUCCAUUCAAUUGGAUUCUAAGUAGACUCUUGCUUAUAUGAGCAGGGGUAAGAUAUCUAAUUAUCUGAAUAGGAUCUAUUUAUUUUGAAAUUGGAAAUAAAUAAUUGGCGCUUGUUGAUUACGGCAUGGCCAUUUAAUUAGAUCCAUUGAAAGCGAUUAAUUUUUAUAAUAGAGGUAAUAAAUAUAAGAGCCCUUUAGGUGUCUUAUAGAAUGAGAUGGGAAAUACUGAAUAAGCAAUCCUUGAUUUCAGUAUGGCUAUUAAAUUGGAUCCAAAUGACCUAAGAUCUUAUUGUAAUAGAGGUAAUAAAAUAAAUAUAUCAAAAAUAGGAGUAAUAUAUAUCAAUACUGGUUAGUAUGACUUAGGAAUAAAUGAUUAUCUUAGAGCAAAUGAUUUGUAACCAGAAAAUCCUUUUAUAUUGCAAGUUUUAGAAUAACUGCAUUCUUUAUAAUAAAAUUAACAAAACAAAACAGAAGUGUCUCAGAUUGCAACGUAAUAGAAUUAAUCUGUAGAAAUGAACUUAUUCAAUCAAGAACAAAUCAAAGAUAUCUAAGAAAUUUAAUAUGAUAUUAAAUUCUUAAAAUUAGAAACUUCAUCCUUAGCUUAACAUUUAUAAGAUUAAUCAAUCUUAAAAAACAUUUAGGAGAAUGUAAGUUGGAUUGAAAAAGAGCUAUAAACAUAAUUAUUGGAUUAGAGGCAGGAAAAAUAAGAAGAAAUAAAAUAGAUUUAAGAAAAAAUUAUAAAACUGAGACAAGAAUUGCUUUCAUUACAUUAAAUAAUUUAAUAAUAAAAAUUAAGAAAUGCUUAAUCAUAAUAGGGUAAUGAUCAAAUAUCUGAACUUUAAGAAUUCGAAGAAGAUUAAAAAAUAUAUUAGAAAGCAAUCUUUUAGAAUUCAUAUUAUUAUUUGGCAACUAUGCAAUAGAUUUUUUCUGAAAUUUAUUUGGUGAAUACAGACGGUAUUAUUGAGAGUAGAGCUUAAGAAUAUAUGAAAAUAGUUCAAAAAGUAUAUACGGAUCAAUCAACUGUUGAAGGAAUUCCAUUAGUGAAUGAAAAAGCAUUUGAACUUAUCAAUUAAGCUCUAGACUAAGAUAUUGAAUAUCAUAAGGCGAAUAGACUAGAUGAAAGGUUGAUUAGAUUAAAUAAUAUCUUAAAAUUUUUAAAUAUUUUUAGUCACUUAGAUUUAGAAAAAGAAGUAGAAAUAGCAUCCAUUCAACUUGCAAAAUUACAAUAAAAUGGCCGUAAAGAACAUCAGAAUCACCAUUUCAAUUAAUUUGUAGAGAAGCUAUGCAAAAUAGGACUUCAUUUAGAAGAAAAUAAUCUCAAUUGGAAAAAUGGAACUUUAGAUGCACUAGUCAUUUUAAAAUAUUUAGAUUGUUCGCCAUCAAAGAUAUUAGAAGCCCAGGAUAAAAGAUUGAAGGACAUAUUUGUAGAAGCUGUUUUGAGGAGUUAAAUGCUCUAAGAUAAAGGGUAAUUAUAGAAUUAAUGA